GUGACCAAAAUGAUAAAAUAUGCAGUGCAUAUACCUAUCGAAUCAUAAAGCCAAUGCUUGAGUAUUUUGCAAAGAUCAAUAAUGAAAUCGAAAUAAAAAACAAGAAAAUAAAUGAAUUGGAACAAAUUGUCGAAAUUAAUUCAAUAACUCUCAAAAACAACGAACUACAUUUAACAAAACUACAUGACAAAUCUGUGAUAUGUGAAAUGGAACUGCAGAAUUUAACAGCCCAAGGCGCAAAUUUAAGAGAUAGUUUCAAUAUUAAAGAGGCAGAGGUCUUCCAAGCACUGUCCAACCUAACUUUAUGCGAAAAGAAUUGUAAUGAAAUCGAAAUAAAAAACAAGAAAAUAGCUGAAUUGGAACAAAUUGUCGAAACUAAUACAAUAACUCUCAUAAACAAUAAACAACAAUUAGCAAAACUAAAUGACAAAUCUGAAAUAUGUGAAACGGAGUUGCAGAAUUUAACAAUGCAAAACUCAAAUUUAAAAGAUAGUGUUAAUAUUAAAGAGGCAGAGGUCUUCCAAACACAGUCAAACCUAACUUUAUGCGAAAAGAAUGUCUCUGAUAAAGAUGUGGAACUUAACAGCCUUAAAGAGAAAUUAGUUGAAUACAAACAAAAACUUGAGCAUCUCCCGAAAAGUUGUGUUGAUUUUAAGAACUAUUCGGGAAUUCUAGCAUUAAAAGUUGAAGGCUUGGACCCGUUUGACGGGUCGUGCGAUUCGAAUCUGGCGGGAUCAGGGUGGACCGUAAUACAACGCCGCAUUGACGGAAAAGUCAACUUCUAUCGACCAUGGGAGGAUUACAAGAAUGGCUUCGGAAACGUCAAUGAAGAAUUCUGGUUUGGGCUUGAAAGGCUACACAGAAUUACGAGCGCACAGAGAUACGAACUAUACAUUCAACUAGUGGAUCAAGAAAAUGAAACGCGUUUUGCCAGAUAUGAUGAUUUUCGAAUUGGAAGUGAGCAAGAGAAAUACAAGUUGAUUUCAAUUGGCGAAUUUAGUGGAAAUGCCGGCGAUUCCAUGAAACUGCACAAAGGACGUCAUUUUUCAACCUACGAUAGCGAUAAUGAUGAUUAUAAAAGCGGGAAUUGUGCUUCGACAGAAAAAGGUAGCUGGUGGUAUUUUUACUGCGCGGAUAGCAACCCAAACGGUAAAAGGUUCGACUGUAACGUCGAAGACACGAAUGAGCUAGAAACAACUGGGUGUAUUUACUGGCAGAAUUGGCAUGGCCGGAGUCACUCCAUAAAAAAUGUCCAAAUGAUGAUACGACCAUUUGAAUCUAUCUAGUCUAUUAAUUAA